AAGACAUUUGUUAAAGAUAUCAAUAAAUAUUUCUAUAUAUCAUUAAAAAAUGUAUUAAGUGCACUUGUGCAAUGACAUGUAUUGGGCCAUGACAUGUCGUCCACCACAAAUUUUCUUCCUUCAAAUUAAACAACCUCUUUCACUAUAUAUAUAUAUAUGGUUAAUUAGUCUUUUGUUGAGUAUUCAAAACCACAAAUACAACUUAAUUUCCUAUUUCUAAGUAUAGAGUGAAUUAAUGACUACUAGUGCAUUUUCAUCAUUGAGGGGUUCAAAUUCAAAGGUUAGAUCAUUGGGGAAGUAUAGUUCGAAGCAAGUUCGACAACAGAGGGCAAGGAUUUACAUAAUAUGGAGAUGCACUGUUUUACUAUUGUGUUGGAACGAUUAAGUGUGUGUUUGGUUAUGCGUUAGAGUUAUGGUUCUGCGCGAUUUCAAAGAAGCUACAAAACUUACUAUAUCUUUGAAAAUAAAGAAAGAGAUGUGUGUUUGCCUAACUUUUGAAUUUGGAGCUUCACAAAUUCACGCCAAAUCUUGCCUUGAGAUGCAAGAUACGCAUAGUUGCGGUGAAACCAAACACAAUAUAAGCUUUUACUUGGAUGCGGAAAAUUUGACAUGAUUUUGAGUAAAGUUGUGCAACCAAAGAAACACUAAGUGUGAGUAGUGUUGAAGAAUUUUAGACUUUUAUUGUUUCUAAUUGUACCCUCUGCCAAAGGAACUAUUUUUUUUUUGUUACUGGGUAGGGUAGGUAAAGGAAAUAAUUAAGGAGCUAGAUGAAGCAGGAGUUUCUACUUAAACUGUAAAUUACAAUAAUCUAGCACUCUUAGCAUGUAUAUAUAGAUAUAAUAAUAGCAAUAAUUCAAGUGAAACUUCUUCAACAACUUUGACUUA